AUGUCGUUUGUAAAUAUUUGUCGUGAUAACACAGAUCCGUUCUACCGUUAUAAGAUGCCUUUGAUUCAAUCAAAGGUUGAAGGUAGAGGGAAUGGUAUUAAAACUGUCAUUGUUAACGUGGCAGAAGUUGCCAGAGCUUUGGGAAGAUCACCAGAUUACGUUAUCAAAUACUUCGGUUAUGAAUUGGGUGCUCAAACUAACACAGAACGUUGUUUAAUUAAUGGUAGUCAUGAUGCAAGCGAAUUACAAGAUUCAUUGGAUGGAUUCAUUAAUAAGUUUGUUUUGUGUGCAAGUUGCAAGAAUCCAGAAACUGAAAUUCAAAUUAAAGAAAAGGAUAGACUUCAAAGAGAUUGUAAAGCAUGUGGUCAUAUUUCGGUUAUUGAUCCAAGACAUAAGUUAUACUCAUAUAUUUUGAAGAAUCCACCAGCAGGUAGUGGUAAGGGAGGUAAGGGUAAGAAGUCUGCCACUGCUACCGCCAAUGUUGUUGGUGGUGGUAAGUCUAUUUCUGAUAUUGCUUCAGGGCAGACUGUUAAUCAAAAACCAGCUGGUGAACAAAAUGAUGAUGAUGAUGUCUUAACUAAAAAAAUCAAUGCUGAAGCAGCUGCAUUAGCUAAUGAAACCAUUGAAGUUGCUGAUGAUGACUGGGCUGUUGAUAUGUCGAAGGAAGCAAUUGAAGCAAGAGCUAGAGAAUUAGAAGGUUUGACUUUAAAUGAAAACCAAGAAAAAUUCAAUAAGUUUGGGGAAUGGUUAUUGGAUGAAUCUAAGGAUUCAAAAGACGACUUGCCAAGCGAUAUUGAUAUUUAUAAGAAGAUUGUCGAAUUAGACAUUCUUGAAGAUCCUGAAACUAUUCAAGUUUUAGCUCAGACAUUAUUCGAUAAUGAUAUAAUCGAACAGAUUGAAGAACAUUUAGGUUUAUUAGCUAAAUUGAUUGACCAUGAUGCUGACUUCGAAAAGGCGUUCUUGGGUGGUUUAGAAAGAUACUUGGGAUUAGAAAAUCAAGCUUUAAUUCCUGCUCUCCCAAAGAUUUUGGUCACAGUUUAUGAUAAAGACUUAAUUAGUGAAGAAGUUAUUACUGCGUGGGGUUCUAAGGUUUCCAAGAAAUAUGUUCCUAAAGAUAUUUCAAAGAAAGUUCGUAAAGCAGCUAAACCAUUCCUUAAAUGGCUUCAAGAAGCUGAUGAAGAAAGUGACGAUGAAUAA